GCAGCAUCCCUUCGUUUUUCAAAGUACGUUCAGCUUUUUUUGUGCCCAACCCAGUCACUGCUCGAUUGUAUUAGCGUUUUUUUCUUGUUUUGUUCCAUUAAGCCGUGAUAUGAAUCAGUACACCGGUAUCAACACUCAAGGAAAUCCAUAUCUACAGAAUGGGUACAUGAAUGGAACGAAUAAUUUCAUGGCAGGAUUGACCCCGGAGAUGCAGACAGCUGUGAAUGGCUUUCCCCCUCACUUACAACAGCCGCAACCACAACCCACCCAGCCUUCCCAACCGCAAUCAACACAGUCCAAAUCGGAAUCCAUGGAUGAAAUGCAACAACCCACUUUUGAUCCUAAUAAUGUCGCCAUGGCAAACUUUAUGGCCAAACGGCAAAUGUAUGCCCAGGGCGGAUUUCCUGUCAACAUGGCCGGCUUGACCAGCACUGGUAUGGAAGCUACGCCAUCGUCCAUGGCUAUGAUGGCCAUGCAGAAUUCAGUUCAACGACCUGUGGCGCCAAUGAUGGCGCCCAAUCAACAUCAAGUCAACAACAACUUUCGUCCGAACAAUAUGGCUUGGUUAGCAAAACAGCAACAACAAGCGGCUAUGCUUCAACGAAUGGAUGAACAACAACGACGACAGUUCCUGAUGAUGCAGCAACAACAGCAACAGCAGGGACAACCGCAAGCGCCAUCGCAACAACCAAUGGCAAUGCAGAGACCCAUGGUGACCACCACUCCACCGUCCGCGGGUGGAUUUCCCACCAACGGUGCUAUGGCCAUGAUGAAUAAUGCUGCGACGGACGCAACGCCGAUCAUGCCAGAAAUAGCGAACAUGAAUAAACAAGCAGCGAGUAAUCGCCCCAACUCUUCCGAAAAUGGUGUCAAUGCUAAACGAGUUGAAACAAUUUUGGCAAUGAAUCAAGAAUUGAUUCGAUGGUUUGUGGAACGGUACAACAAUGGGAUCCCUCCCGAUGAAGAGGUGAAAACGUAUAAAGCUCGCUUACAGUCCAAUUUGACGUAUCUCGCUACCAUGGCUGAUAUUGCCAUGGUAAAACCUGGUGAGGAUCAUAAAAUCCCGGCUCCUCCAGAUCUUUCACCAUUGCCUACACCAAAGACGGACAUCGCUACAAAAAUACAUGCUCUUUUAAGCACGGCGCAAUCGCUGUUUGGCAACCAAAUGAAUAACCUCAAUAAUACCGCUAAUAAUAACAAUAAUCCGUCGACGUUGCAGGACAACAAGGCAAGUAAUGGUCACGGAAAUGAUCCAACCGCUUCUCCUUUCUCGCAAACGAGUUCACAUACACCUCAGCAAGCUCAGCAAUCGCCUGUUCAGCGCCACACACCCCAAUCGCAACCGCAAACCCCACAGCAGCAACAACAACAACUGCUUCGCCAGCAAGCCUCCGCGAUGCGACAGCAGCAGCAGCAACAAUUUCUCGAAAAUGUCAAAAUGACAAAUAGUAUACCAGCGGCUGGACGAAACGCAAUGAUGCCUGGUCAGAUGGAUUCUCCAGCCAUGAUGCGACAAGCGCAAUCCAUGCCGCCGCAACCUCAGACCAUGAUGCCGUCCCAUCCAGCGCCACCACCUUCGAUGCAGCAACAACCAAUGAUGACAAGUAUGGGCAUGGGGAUGUCCAUGGGAGGUACGAUGGCAGGCACCAUGACUGGGAACGAUAUGAUGAUGAACCCAGGCUAUAACCCUAUGACGCUGAGUCAAACAGGGUCGCCGAUGCCGCAAAGCAUCAAUGGUGCAACGGCCGGGCUUACAUCGAUGGCGAUGAGUAUGCCGGGAGGUGUGACGCCCGAUUUUAUGAGCAAUGGAAUGAUUAAUCCGGCGCUCAUGAUGAACAACGGGACGGAUUUGAUGCAGAUCUAUGGUACAGUAAACUCUGAUGAUGCCAAUAAUUAUCAGAAUGUGCUCAUGAUGAUGAAACGAUUACAGCAACAGCAGCAGCAUCAGCAACACCAACCACAGCACCAACCACCACAGGAAUUUGAAGACCAAUUCGUUAACCGUUCAUAAUCAUCUCCCUGAUCUAUUCCCUUUUGUCGUUUCUUCUCUCCCUCUUUUUUUUGUUAUUAUUUCAUUUUCAAAUGUUCAGAGUCUCACCGCUUGAUGCUACCGUUUCUUUUUUUACAUCUUCAUACUAGGUUAGGCAUGUUUCCCAAUGUUGGAUGAUUUUUCUUCUUCACGUGUAUCUGUAAAAAAAAUUGAUUUUUGCAUAAUGUUCUUUCGAGUUACACUAUAAACGAACAAAAACAAUACAACAUUAUCCAC